UGGCGGACUCUUUUAGCUGACGGACAACGGACAACUAGCUACUUAGCGGCCGCUGGAAACAAAACCUGGCUUCAAAGAAAAUUCUCAUGUUACACAGAGAAGCCUUGGUUGUAUCUGGUUCACCGCGUAGCUAAACAUCUCCUUUCAGUUUUAGACUGUCCGCUAUUUUCUUCCGGAGGCUGAAAGUUUCGCGGUGAAAAUGGGAGUACCGAAAUUUUACCGCUGGAUAUCGGAGCGCUAUCCGUGUCUGAGUGAAGUUGUGAAGGAGCACCAGAUUCCUGAAUUUGACAAUCUCUACCUGGACAUGAAUGGCAUCAUCCACCAGUGCUCUCACCCGAACGACGAGGAUGUCCACUUUCGCAUCUCUGAGGAAAAGAUUUUCGCCGACAUCUUCCAUUACCUGGAGGUGCUCUUCAGGAUCAUCAAGCCUCGCAAGGUCUUCUUCAUGGCUGUGGAUGGUGUGGCACCGAGAGCAAAAAUGAACCAGCAGAGAGGACGCAGAUUCAGGUCCGCCAAAGAAGCAGAGGAAAAGAUAAAAAAAGCUCUGGAUAAAGGAGAGGUGCUUCCCACAGAGGCUCGCUUCGACUCCAACUGUAUCACUCCUGGCACUGAUUUCAUGGCGAGACUUCAGGAACAGCUCAAGUACUUUGUCCACAACAAGCUCUCCAAUGAUAAGCUGUGGCAGAAUGUCAGAGUCUACCUGUCUGGUCACGAGACACCAGGGGAGGGAGAACAUAAAAUCAUGGAGUUUAUUCGGUCUGAGAACAGCCAGCCAGGUCAUGAUCCCAACACCCGACAUUGUCUGUAUGGCCUGGAUGCGGAUCUGAUCAUGCUGGGCUUAACCAGCCAUGAGCCGAAUUUCUCCUUGCUCAGAGAGGAAGUCCGCUUUGGAGGGAAGAAAUCCCAGAAAAGGAUAACGGCUCCAGAGGAGACAACUUUUCACUUGCUUCACCUGUCACUGAUGAGAGAGUACAUAGAUUAUGAGUUCUCUGCGCUCAAGAAUCAGAUGGGUUCUAGUUAUGACUUGGAGCGAAUAAUAGACGACUGGAUUCUAAUGGGCUUCCUCGUCGGAAACGAUUUCAUCCCUCACCUCCCUCAUCUUCACAUCAAUCAUGAUGCUUUGCCAUUGCUGUACAAGACGUAUAUCAGUGUGCUACCCAGCCUGGGGGGUUAUCUGAAUGAGAACGGCAACCUAAACCUCAGAAACUUUGAGAGAUACAUGGAGAAGCUUGCGGAGUUCGAUCGGGAACAUUUUAGCGAAGUGUUUGUGGACCUGAAGUGGUUUGAGAGUAAAGUUGGUAACAAAUAUCUGAACGAGGCAGCUGGACUGGCAGCUGAGAAGGAAGCUGCCAGCAAAGACACCAACAAGAACGAAGAUUCAGCCCUCUCUCUGGCAGCUCUGACCUCAUCAGAACAAGUGAUUGGAGAAGGAAAAGGAGCAGAUGAGGAGGAGGAAGAAGAUGACAUGUUUGAAACUGAGUUCAGACAGUACAAACGCACAUACUAUAUGACCAAGAUGGGCGUGGAUGUAGUGUCUGACGAGUUUCUGGCCAAGCAAGCCAAGUGUUAUGUGGAAGGUAUCCAGUGGAUUCUCCACUACUAUUACCAUGGAGUCCAGUCCUGGAGCUGGUACUACCCCUUCCACUACGCUCCGUUCCUGUCUGAUAUCAGGAAUAUAUCAGAGUUGAAGUUGACCUUUGACCUUGGAAAACCCUUCAUGCCCUUCCAGCAGCUGUUGGCAGUCCUGCCUGCUGCCAGCAUGGAGCUGCUGCCUGAGUGCUACAGGCACCUGAUGACCAGUGAAAGGUCACCCAUCAUUGAGUACUACCCUCUUGACUUCAAAACUGACCUCAAUGGCAAGCAGCAAGAAUGGGAAGCUGUUGUGCUCAUUCCUUUCAUAGAUGAGAGGUGCUUACUGGCCGCCAUGGAGCCCUGCAAUGACAAGCUGUCGAAAGGAGAGAAGGCCAGGAAUCGUCACACAGAGUGUGCAGUCUACUCGUAUGACCACGAACUAGACUUCACAUACACCUCCACCCUGCCUCAGCUGUUUCCUAACAUCAUCCACUGUCAUGUCAGGAAAGCAAACAUCCCUAUGGACGCUUGGCAAGUGCAGCUAGACCACGUCAGCAGGCGCGUCGACCGCUCGGCUCUGUACUUCUGCGGCUUCCCCACCUUGCAACACAUCAGACACAAGUUUUAUAAAAAGAAGAGCGGGGUGGUCGUUUUCCAGCAGAGCAGCAGAGGGGAGAACAUGAUGCUGGAUAUCCUCCAUUCCCAGGACGGGGAAACGAUAUGUGAUGAUGUUGCCGCACAAGUACUGGGGAAUUCUGUGUUUGUCAACUGGCCCCAUCUAGAGGAAGCUCGCAUCAUUGCAGUUUCAGAUGGAGAAACCAAGUUUUAUUUGGAGGAACCUCCUGGUGUCCAACGAGUAUACGACAGACCGUCCAGUCCUCCUCCCACCAAAGUCACCUGCCUGUCCGACAAGGAGCAGAAAGAAUGGGUGAAAGAUGUCCAGGGAAUCACUGAACAUUUCUUGAAGAGGAAAGGCAUCGUGGUGAAUGAGACUGCAGUAGUUUUAUAUGGCCAGCUGCUGACAGGAAGGAAGUAUGUUCCCAAAGCCAAUGGGGUGGUGGAACUGGAGAAGCAGUGGUCCAAACAGGUCCUCCCUUUCGCCUACCAGACCGUGGUUAAGGACAUCAAGGCCUUUUACUCCUCUCUGACCUGCUUUAAGAGCUUAGAUGAGCUCUUCCCUCCAGCGACCACUGUCUUCAUGGUGGGAAACCCGUACUACGGUGCCAUGGGAGAGGUGCAAGAUUCUCAAGAUGUCAUCAAAGACGGGCGGGUACGAGUCGUCUUCAACGUGCCGUAUGAGCCCCAGCUGGAGCACUUAAUCCAGAAUCAGCAUAAAUACUGUGUGAAGUAUAAUCCUGGAUACGUUCUGGCCUCUCGUCUCGGCAUCACCAGUUAUCUCGUCUCCCGCUUCUCUGGAAGCAUCUUCAUUGGCAGAGGCUCUAAGAAGAAUCCCUGUGGGGAACAAAAAGCCAACGUUGGCCUAAACCUGAAGUUCAACAAGAAGAACGAGGAGGUUCCUGGAUACACGAAGAGAACUGAAAAGGAAUGGCUCUACUCUGCUGCUGUUGAAGAGCUGCUAGCUGAAUACCUGGACAGGUUUUGUGAAGUUUUUGAAACAGUGUCCAGAAAUAGUCACGAUGAUGUUUUCUAUGAAGAUGACAUCUGGCCUGGAGAGGACCAGAACGGGGCAGAGAAGGUGUCUGAAAUCACGUCAUGGUUGAAAAGUCACCCAGUCAGCUCCAUCAGCAGGACGUCAUGUGACCUCCAAGUUCUGGACUCUGCCAUCGUGGAGAGGAUCGAGGAUGCAGUGGACAAGGCCAAGGUUAAGAAGAGCACUAAGAAAGUCCGUGUGACAGUCAAACCUCAUCUCCUCUUCAGGCCACUGGAGCAGCAGCAGGGUGUGGUUCCAGAUCCAGAUGCAGAAUAUCGACUGUUCGACAGAGUCGUCAACAUCAGGGAGAGCUUCACCGUCCCACUGGGACUCAGAGGGACCAUCAUUGGCAUCAAAGGAGCGGAGCGUGAGGCCGAGGUUCUCUAUGAAGUGCUGUUUGAUGAAGAGUUUGCCGGAGGUCUCACCAUCAGGUGUACGUCUCCUCGUGGUUACCGCCUCCCUCCCUGUGCUCUGAUCAACCUUUCCCAUGGAUGCCGAGUGGACCACACCUCCCACAAACUCACCGCUAUCGUCAAACCUCAGCCUGUCGCCGGCGCCAACUACAACUCACACCGUCAGCUGGCGGGACUCAACCACUCUCCUCGUUCACCCUUUGUUCCCACGCAGCAUAACAACAAACAUGGUGUGACAAAGGCUGCAUCUCAGGGCAACAGAAGUUCUCCUUCUAAAGGUCCCAUCCAGAAACAACAGGGGAAGAGUAAAGAUGAGUACAGCAAUGUGUGGCAGUCUCUGCAGAACUCUGGCCCGCCUAACAAACCUCCAGCUCACUGGCAGAAUAGUGAAGGAAAUGCCCAACAAGGGAAGAACCAACAUGCCGUCAAAUCUGCUCCUCCUGGUAGCAUCAGACUGUUAAAGAAAAACGAAGAUGCCAACUCCCUGUUCCCCUCACAGAACACGGCCAACAAGACUACGACUGAAUUUGAGGACCUCAUUGCCAGUUUAAAGAUCUCCAAAGGUAGUCAGCAAACCCCACCGCCUCCUGUACCUCCACAAGCACCCACGAACCAAUCAGAUGGCCCGUUGUCUCCGCAGUCUUUCGCCAUGAAGGGAACCCUGGUGCUGAAGGAGAUGCUGAAGAUUGACAGCACUGGAUCAGGAAGCCCGUCCCCCCAAGAGACAGGAAACGCUACGCAAUCAGCCGGUCAGCAGCAGAACAGGAGACGAUCGUCCAAAAAACUAGCUGCAAUGAUGAACACCCCCCACAACGACGCACCGAUGCUGCCAACUCCAACGCCAGCUGGGCCUGCUAAAGCCGUGCUGAGUAGUAAGGUGUCGGAGCUGGCCUGUAUCUGUGUGGGGUUGGGUAUGGCACCGCCGGAGUUCAGCUUCAUACGAAACAGACAGGGUCUAGUCGUGUGUCAGGUGAAGCUUUCCAACGGGCUGAUGGUUCAUGGUCCACAGUGCCAAUCAGAAAAUGAUGCCAAGGAGAAAGCGGCCUUCUUUGCCCUCCAAAGACUGGUAUAUACACACACAUAUAACUCAGUGGGUUCGGGCUUCCCGCUCCCUCCUCCUCUAUAUCCAGGAGUUGGUCAGAUACGACCUCCACCCAUAGGAGCCAUGACCCCCGUCUUCAACCAACAAGGUGGUUUGCUGUUGCCCCCUCAGGGUUAUGGUCCCGCCCCUCUGUGGGGAAUGGCGCUGCCUCCUCACCACCACCAGAACCAGCCGUUCUACGGAGCAGCAGGGACCUUCCCCGGCGCCCAACGCCCUCAGCCUGCAACAACACUGCCCAUCGGCUCCCACAACCAGUUCAUCCCGUUACAAGUGACUAAGAAACGAGUAUCAGCCAACAAAAAGAACCAAGAAACUCGUGAGUUCUACAGCGCCGCCCAAAUCGUUGCCAAGAACCAAUCGCAGAAAGCCCAGAACCAGCCGUCUGGCCACUCGCUAGCUCAGAGCGAACCCCAGAGCGGUAAAAUGGGCCAGCCUCACCAACACGCCGCCAACAGCGACCCCUCCUCCUCCCAUCCUGGACUGCUUGACGCCGUUUCCAUGACGACAGCAGCCCCACACACGCCCCCUCGACAGAACGCGCCGGCAACAGGCCACACCCCCGGCUCCGCCUCCAAGAGGAGGCACAGGAAGUUGGCGGUGAACUUCGAGGCAGCUAAAGUGUCGGAGUGAUGAGCUCUUGUGCGUCUGUGUGUGUUUGUGUGAGGAGAGGGAGGUGUGUCUUGUGUUUUUAAGCUGCUGUUUUGUAGCCCGACUCGGCAAAGAGCAGCUUCAGUCAGGAACUCAGAGCAAACUUUGGAUUCUCCCACUUUUCCUCUGUCGUCUGGCCAAAACACAACUCAAAAACAUCAAGCAUAAGAGACGUCCGUCGUCUAUCCGCCUCCUCAGUGACGAUCAGAGCCUGUCGUAGAGCGAUAUUCCCCCAAAAUGGCUUUUUAAAGCUGAUGUACGGCCAGUGUGAGCCCACAGGCUGCCGUACAGUUUGCUCACUGAUGUGGAAGGGCAGAGUGCAUUCUGGGAUGCAGCCAAAGGUCUGUUUUUUUUUUUUUUCUUCCUCUCGAUCACAUUACUAGUGCUCUGCUCAGAACAGCUAAAGGAAAAAGUGUUUAUUGCAGCAUUUUCUGUUGGUUGUUGUAGACAUUAAGUGAUCAGCUUUGCUAACAUUGUACUCAGCCAGUCAGGACGGUUGUACUGGUGGUGAACAAAAGAGAAACCAAAGCAUUGGAUUACCUAUUAAUCUUUAGUUUCUCUAUGAACUGGUCAUCCAAAUGGCAAAGACGCCUGUAAAAUUCACCCACAGUCUAAACUAAUGCCUUAAAAUGUCUUGUUUUGUUGACACAACAGUCCAGAAUGCAGACAUUUAGUUAUGAAAAGGAAAAGCAUAAAAAAGAAGAACAAGUUCAUAUAUUAAUUUUCCUCAAAAAAAAGACUAAAGAAUUUAUUUAGCUGCAGAUUAUUUUUCAUUAAGUACCGCAGCCAUAGUUGUUGCUAAAACUGAGUUUGUUCUAAACCUGAUUGUCUUGAUGCUCGUGUUUUUGGGACAGAUUAUUAGCCCUGACGUUUACAGUGUUAUCUUAGCUGAAAAAAGCCUAAAGCUACCAAAGUAAAAGUCGUAAUAAACUAUUUGCUUUAGCUGCUUGAGUAGAGAGAGACUUUGAAACAGUCUUCUGACUAAAUUUGCUUUACAAAGACUUAAAAACGCCUUGUAGUGAAGAAGCGAAACACUGCCUUAAAGGUGCUUUGUCUUCAUAAAAUAUCUGUUUUAGAGAAAAUCCCCAGCAUGUUUAAACCAGAUGGAGUAAAUUCAAAGAAAGGAGGGUUGUUGUGGUAUUAUUUACGCAGAGAUACAGGCCUUCUAAUGUGACUGUUUGGAUUAAAACCUACGAGUUCUGUCAGGUUUGGAUUAUUCCGACCAACACCGAGGAGCUCUUUUAAUGAUUCUUUAGCUUUUUGAUCAGUCUUCUCCACAGCCUUUCUUUUUCUUUUUCUUUUUCUCUCAGAGUUUUAAACUUUUUAUGGCUCCAAAGUACAAAAGCUGAAUGCACACUGCCUUCACACACGGCAGAAUUAUGUGGAAAUUUUUCAAGUUUGACCACACACAUACAGCACACACGCACACACACAGCACACACACAGCACACACACACACACACACACACACACACACACACACACACACAACACACACACACACAGCACACACACAGCACACACACACACACAGCACACACACACACACACACAUACAGCACACACACACACACACACACACACACACACACACAGCACACAUACAGCACACACACACACACACACAUACAGCACACACACACACACACAGACACACAGCACACACACACACACACAGCACACAUACAGCACACGCACACGCACACAUACAGCACACUCACACACACACACACACACACACACACAUACAGCACACUCACACACACACACACACACACACGCACACAUACAGCGCACACACACACACACACACACACACACACACAGCACACAUACAGCACACACACACACGCACACAUACAGCACACUCACACACACACACACACACACACACACAUACAGCACACACACACACACACACACACACACACACACACACACACACACACACACACACACACAGCACAUUUCCACUGCACAGUUGUUCCACCAGCACAUCUUCUAUCAUUAAAACCACCUGAUCUGUCACAUUUCCUCUGUAUCUCUGUUGGACCGACAGAAAGAUUUUCACUGCCAGAGUUUCCAAAAGCAUCUUCGUACAGAAUCAGUCAAACUUUGAAAGAUUCCCGCGGUGUUCUGUGGUCGUGUGAAACGGCCCAAUGAACAUUUACUUUCUGUUUUUACUCGGGCUGCAAACAACAAAAGUUAUCUUUAUUGAUUAAUUGAUUCAUUUUUUAAUAGUAGCUUGUCCAAGGUGAUCACGCCGAAUGUUUUUCCACCCAAAAAGACAUUUUAUUGAUCAGUAAUUUGUAAUUUAUUAGGUUUUUGAAUGUGGAACCAGUGGAUGACAAUGUUUUUUUUGUGAAUGUGGAAGCUCAAAGAAUUAAUAUGACUGUUUGUUCUUGACAUUGUCAGUAGAAGAGAAUAAAUGCGAACCAACGAUGAGAAUUUUAUUGAUUUUUAUGGAUAAAAUUCAAGUAUAGUUUGUAUUUGCCAAAAGUUUUGAUUCCACUGAUACUUGUGUUGUAGUCGUACCUUAGUUGUCUAUCAGUGGUGCAGGGCACAAACUGAUGAGCUUCCAUAACAUAUUGAUCAGUUAUUCUGAUCAGGUGUAGACUCUGAUAUGUGGAGAUGCUUAUUUUUGAAUCUGUAAAUGUAGCCAAAAAAAAAAAAAAGAAGUCUGUGUACCGUUAAUCCAAAACAUGCCUCUGAGAUGCUUUUGGGAGCAUUUUCCAAAUUUUGAAUUGGUGCUUUUCUGAAGACGUUUUAAAUUCUGGCCUUUAUUAUCCACCUCGACACAACACACACACACACACACACACACACACACAAUAUCUUUCCAUUUUAAAGAUUUCUUUUUUCAAAUUAUGGAUUUUAUUGAUGCCCUUUUUAUAGAUGCUCUUGGGGUCUUUUGUAAGCAACCUGACUUACUAAUCCUUUCAAUAAUGUUGUGUGGCGACUAAAGCAGCCGUAGUAUUUCCUUUGUCCUCGUUUUGAGAGACGCAGGCCGACAGCAUGUUUUGCUUGUUUAUUUUUUUUUGUUUUUGUUUGGUUUUUAAGGCUGACACCCUGGGACUGAAGUCUACGAGGCUCUGGUGCAAUAAGGGGAGGUUUUAAAACUUUUGGGGUUUUUUGGAAAUUGAAGCACACCUGUUGUAAAUGUGUUGUUUUUUUUUGGGGGGGGGGGGGGAUGAAACAAAAAAGUGUCUAUGAAAAGAUAAAAAUAAAUUUGCAGGUUUGAUUCAGGAAUGUGCUGUACAGAUCCAUUUAAUAAUAAAGGGAAUCUUUUGUUAA